CAUUGAGCUGAAACAAACCCUCCCUUAAAGCCUCAGGACCCUUGGAACACAAGGAUAAUAUAAGACAUGACAUAAUAAAACAGAACAAUAAAUCUAAAACUCUGAAAUACACAAAAUACAAAACUAAUCAACUCCAGAUCAUGAACACUUGCAAACAUUGUUAAUGAUUUUACACCGACUAAUUUGUCAUUAUUAAAAACAAGUUACUGUAUAGACAUUUGAAAAAAAAAAUGUGUGUUGUCCCAAAUAAGUGCUUUAUAAUGAAAUCAACUGGUUGGGACGGCCUCACUACGGGAAUACUAAAACAUGUAGCCUAACUGUAUAGUUUAAUACAAAAACAACAGAUACAGAUGCAAAUAGCCCAGAGAGAAUAUAAUGCAGUAAGAGGUCACUAAAAUACUUACUAAAGGAAAUGUAGCUCUUUGGAUAGUGAACAUCUCUUCUAUGUAACAACAGCACUUUCAAAGUCAGUCACAAGAGCUCUAAAAGACCUUUGUUUUAUUCACAGUAUUUGUAGAUCAUGUAGAAAAGUUUUUCUGUGAAUGUAUUGAAUGUAUGGUUCUUCCUGGGAUUUUAGCAGCUUCUGCACUCUGAAUUGUUUUUUAUUAUUAAGUGCAAUAAAAAUCAUUUGUAUUGAUCUAAAUGUAAUUCAUAUGUAUGAACUGAUCACUGAAAAAAGCUACAUCAAAUGUUUAGUAACAGUAAUUGAAUAUAUUGAUUACUUCAUUGGUAUAGCUCUAAGAAACAACAUCAUGGUAUGGGAUUACAUUCAAAAAUAAGUUUGAGAUAAGUCAUAGAUAUUUUAUUUGUGUGAGCUUUAUUAUCGGACUAAGGUUUGAAUCACAUUGUGAACUGAUAUUUUAUGUGAAACAAAAACUCAUAUUUUCUAUUCAACUUCAGAGCAAAUGUUUUGCUUUAUUAAGCCAUGAAGACACAGGCUACAGGGAUCUUGGCUUCUUUCUUGUGUGCAUUUAAUAUGCCUACUGAGUAGCAAUUAAACCCUUUGUUUUUAUAAAGAAUUAUAUCGUAAAUGUUAGGCUGGUUAUUAUAGCGAUACUCACAUCAAACAGUGAUAUUAAGUCAUUCACUUGUUUUUAAUCAACAACCCAAAAAAGGGACUGAAAGAUGACUAGGAUACUGUAAAUUCCGAGUCCUCGUAAACGCAUCCAAUGAAAGUGUUUUCGUCUCCACCGUCUGUUUCGUCUCGGAGCAGAGGAAAGAUGCCGGUGUAAAGAAGCUGCGCACAUGGAUGGAUGGAUAUGAAUAAUUUGGACGUAAACUAUGGAUAGGCCUGUGUUUGGGUUUCAGGAGCACCACUAUGCUUUUACUGGUGUUAACGUUGAUGGUUCCCACAGUCACAAACGCUCUGGAGGUCAUUGGAGGAAGAACGACAACGGUGCAGGGAGGAGCAGCUGUCCUCCCCUGUAAACUCAUUGAUACCACAGAGACCCUCACACAGAUUUCAUGGCAGAGAUUGACCAGAGGAAAACCUCGGACGGACAAUUUCUAUACAAUCUCGUCCGGCGGACCGAACUAUAUCAAUGGCCAUGAUUAUCGGUUUGAGUAUAUUGGGAGUUUUACAGACAAAAAUGGUACUCUCCUGUUAUCGAAUGUCACACUGAUGGAUGAAGGCACCUACACAUGUAUGUUCACUUUGUUCCCCAGCGGGAUCCACGAGACAGCGAUACCUCUUAAAGUUCAUGUGCCUCCGGUCACAAGCCUGAAGGAUGCUCAUCCUGCUUUGGGUAACGACGAGGUGCCUCUUAUUACCUGCACGGCUGCUGGUUCCAAACCUCCUGCAGAGGUGAGGUGGCUCACUGGUACUCUGGGAGAGAAAGUGAGGCCGUCAACCAACUCCAACCUUCAUGCUAAUGGUACGACUACCACAGUCAGCUGGCUGUUUGGAGCGCCUACCAGAGAACUCGACGAUCGUUCAGUCCAGUGUGUCAUCACCAGUCCUGCUCUAGAGAGAGAAGAAACCCUGACCUCCACCAUACAUAUCCACUCUCCUCCUCUGGAAGUGAAUAUUACUGAAAGGUCGGCACACUCCUUUGAAUGUCUCACAGAGGCCUAUCCAGCUGCGAGCUUUACUUGGACAAGAUCUGAGCAGUCGUGGCCUCAGUCCGGGGUCCGAGUUGACGGUUCAACGCUGCAGUUUCUGAGCAUCACCUCCGAGCUGAACGGCCUCUACCAGUGCGAGGCGUCGAACCUGUACGGGAGUAAACGUGCUUACCUCCGUGUGCAUUUCACCUCAGGAUCCAGCGCUGCCAGUUGGACCCUCUUUGUUCUUCUGCUCGUCCUCGUUGUUGCUGCUGUCUUGUGUUGCUUUUAUAAACGUAUGGAAAUUGCAAGAUUCAUACUACGGGAAGAAGGCGGCACACGAGGCAAGAUGCAAAAGGUUCCAACGACUUCAUUCCUGACGCAGCCGGCUAGUGAAAAUAGGCAGCAUUCCUGGUGCUUUACAUUUUGUUGAUGUCAUUGACAUUGGGUUUUAAAAAUACCCAAUUUCUCAAUUCAGAUAUUUAAAGUUAUUGUUGUCAAAUAUUACAACUUAACAGCUAGUAGCAUUAUCAAAAAAAAUAAUGUCAAAAAUAAACCUGAAGGUUAAGAGCUUUUCUGAAGAGUCACCAAAAUAUGAAAGUCAGCUACAAUGUUGAUGUAGAACUAACAAGGCAAAAUUGGAAAAAAGAAAGGAAACCGUUUAACUGUCACCAGAAAUGCAAAGCAGUUUUUAAACAUGGAGGACUGUGGCUUUAACCGUCAGCCUGCCUUAUCUGCCACCAGGAAGGUACUCUGUUUUCCCACCAACAGUAUUAACUGCUGGUCACAGCAAAUGAGUAUGAAGCAUGUGUACAUGCACACAGAACAGAACAGGUUUUGAAAGGAAAGUAGGAAAGAAGAUUUUGAGAUUUGUUUUGUUUUUGUGUCUUUUUGCCAAUCUAAGUAGUGCCUAUAAACGAGGUGAUCCUUACAGGAAAAGUUGAAGCACUAACAAGCCUUACCCAGCAUUUUGUAGUCAGGCUAUCAGUCUGCUGCUGUGACUUUUCAUAGAGUUAAACAACUGAAAUACAAAUUCAAGCAGCUAAAUGAUGUUGUUUACAGGUCAUUAGCACUUCAGUUACAAAGCUGCUAAGAGGAGCUUUCAUUUUGUGUUCAAUUUGACUACUACCCCCUGGUGGCUAAAAUGGGAACAGAUUUGUGAGAUGUUUUUUAUCUUUCCAUGGCUAUUUAAGAUUGUAACUGUGAUAACAAAAUGCAGUUAUUCAUUGUGUUGUGUUGUGUUGUGUUGUGGGGGAGGCUGUGGCUCAGUUGGUAGAGUCGUCACUUCUCAACCAGAAGGUCAAGGGUUCAAUCCCCAGCUGUGCAACAUCUCUCUCUCAUCUCUGAUGUACAUCUUGUGUCUGCUAAGUAAAUUGUAACAUCUUUGGUGACAAUAAGCUAUCAUCAAUGUAUGCAAUUGCUUAGGAAGGUCAACCAGAAUUUGAUGUUACAUGUUAUGUAACAUUCCCCUUAUCAUUUAUUUGAGUAUGUAGAAUCCUCUAAGUAAAACAUAAUGUUCCUUCCUUUUAACUUAAAGGCUUUAUAUGUGAUUUUUUGAUCCAGUAGAGGUCACCCUUGAGCACCAGCAUGAAACCAAAACAACUCGAGCUGCAUUGUUGUGUUAGCAUGCUAAUGCUAGCGAUCUUUAUUAUGCUGGUAUCUUCACACUGCAUGUAAAUUUACCUGAAAUGAGCGUGAUCUAGAAACACAGUUAAGCAGUGAGUACAGUAUGUUAUUCUUCUUUUCUCUAGUCCCUCAAUUAAACAACUUUUAUACGUGAGGGGAGGAGUCAGCCGGCCGUCCUGGCGAUGUAAACAAACUGAAGAUAGGACUCUGAAAACAUCACAGACAGUGGGACUCGGGUGUUACACCCAUUGUAGACAGUCAUGACUCACAGAGUUAUUUUCAGAGGAUAUACUUGAUUUCUACAUUUAAGUGUGAAAAAUCACAUAUAAAGACUUUAACACUAAAUGCCAAAUUUUUCCUGUGACAAAAAAACAACCUCUAAAUUACAUCUCAACUCUUUGGCUGACGUGUUUGCUGUUGAAGGGAAUGCAGCAUGUUGAGGCUGAGAAUGUUUUUUUUAGUAACAUGGUGCUAAACAGUAGAGUGUUCUUUUAGACUGAUAGCUGCAGUGUGUUUUUUUUUUUUUUUUACUAAAGUCCUGUAAAGCCU